AUGUGGAAGAAUAUUGUUGUUUUUGGGUUGGCAACAGCGUUAUGUGCUCAUGGUAAGAAUGAUUUUGGACGUUUUUGAUAAUUAAGCGGUCAAACAAUGCUUAUAAAGUCUAAUUUUAGUGUUUUAGUUCAACUUUUUGAUGUCUUGAACUUAAUUUUCAAAUUUCUAAUAAUUUUUUAAAGUAAAUGUUACCUAAAUUCUAUAUAUAUAUAAUAAAACCCCUCAUCUUUCAGCCGACUUCCCCACCAAAGAAGAAAACAUUGCUUUAGCUGAACAAGCCUUCAAAGAGCUGACUGAACUGAUCUCUUCAGAAUGGACAAACCUUGAUACAGAAGAAGGUGAUCUUAAGAUCUACGAAAAGGAAAGUCCAUUCCCUGAUCUCAAAGAAAACGUUUUGUACGCUAAAACCAAAUUGAAAUGUAAAGUAGCCAAGGCUCAUGCUUUGAUGAAGCCUUAUGGUGAAUAUCGUGCCAAAUGGGAUGGCAUGUUCGACUUUAACAAAGUUGUUCAGAAUUUGACUGAUAAGGUAAGUUGUAUUGCUUUUAAAAGGUACGCACUAACUUGUAAUCAAGAAAUAUUAUGUUUACUUUAAUAUUAUCGUUUACUAAUGCCACUAAAGUUUAACUUAUUUUACUGUCGCUUAGAUUUGAAUUACAAAGUAAUGCUUAUGCGUUCAACUUAUCAGUCAAACAUUUCAAAAUUUCUCUUUUCUAGCCACUUUCGAGAGCCAGAGCCACAAGCUAACCUUGUUUGUGGAUAUUAAUCCUAUAGAUCUGAUCAUUCUCUAAAUGGUAUUAAAAGCUAUCAUUACCUUUCGAUUGGGUUGCAUUUCUUUCUUUGUCUUACGCACUCUUUUUUUGCGUUUUUACCUUUCUAUGUAAAAUAAUUGCCUAAUAUCGUCUUUUCAAUUCAGCAGUGCACAUAAUGAAAAAACAAGAUUGAUACUAGCUCUUUUAUUAUAAUUACUUCUUACUGCUGUGUUAUACUGUAAAAAUUUAUCAAUCCCAAUAGAAUGUUUUUUAAUUGAUCAACAUUUUGAACCUUGAAAUGUUUAUUGUUUUUGAGUUUAGGUUGUGUCUUGACUGUUCACUUAGUGAGUUAAAAACAGACUUGUCAAAGAGGCAUAGAACAAAAUAAAAAAUAAUAUAUAAUUGGACGCGGUAAAAGUUAUACUGUAGCUUGUUCUGUGUGAAAUCAUUCUGGGAACCGGUUAGAAAAAAAUAUUCACAGAGUUUUCUUACUGUGGGCUUAAAUUAAUCUUUUUUGAACUUUUUAAAAUUAAAACCAUAAAUUCCAGAUUCACAUUUACCACGAGGCCAUUCACGGUAAACUAUUUCUGUCGGCGCGUGAUGCGGUUGUGGUCUGUAAGGAAGUGAUAUCGGAUACCAAGGUCAUCUUUGCUUGUCAUAACACCACCAGUGCGGACGUUCCAGAAAGCGAUGAUUACGUGAGAACUUCGAAGAGAAUCAAUGGAUUCCAGCUCGAGGCUGAUGAGAAGAAUCCUGAUGUCACUCAGUUGAAGGUAUGACAUUGUUUCAAGGCGUUUAGUCAAAAAAGCUUUUAAGUUGUUCAAAUAAUUGUGUGCCCUUUCACGCUGAACAUUUUCUUUAAAAUGGGGCACAUAAUUAUAUGAACAAUCUAAUAUAAGCUUAUAGUAGCUAUUAAUACUGUAAGGUUCAUAUUAACCGUAACCCACCAACUUUCACAACCUUAUCCUAUGACAAUGUCAGGAUAAGGUUGUUCUUUCAACACUUUCACGUCUGACUCGGCUUGUUAUCGUGAUAUCGGAUAUCACGGUAUAUAACCUCAUGUUUUCAGGUUGUUGUCGGCGUGGAUCUGAACUUGUCCGUGGGUUUCUUCAACAGUAUUGCUGCCAAGUUCAAGCCCACGUCUAUCGAGAAGUUUGUAGAGAAUUUGAAUGGGGCCAUCGAUGAGUACGACAUUUGA